AUGAGGGAAGUUGAAUUGGAUUGGCUAAGUGCAGGAGGGUCUAGGACCGCUCACAUCACGGGAGCACUGGCCUACCACCAUGAGGUUAUAGAGGAAUUUGAGGAUAGAUUAGAGGAAGAUAUUGAGUGUGAUGGACCUGGGCUUCAUCGGCAGAUGGUCGAGGAUCAGGGCGCAUAUGGCUAUGAUGACAACACUGGUAGAGAGGUGGGACAACAUGACCUACAAUGCUUGGGGAUAGAUAGGGAGGAGAGAGUCAGAGGAGGAGAGGAGCGUAGAUUAGCUAAGGGGGGAGAUGCAGGAGGUGGAGGAGCUAAGGAGGGAGAGGAGGAGGGAGGAGAUGAGGAAAUAGACAUCGGUGGAGACAUUGAGUCUACUAGCAGAGGAGAUGAUGAUGAUUCUUCAGGAUCAUCAAGCUGUGAGGAUGGUGAUGAUGAUGAUGAUACUGAUAUGCCAGAGCUAGAGGACAUGCUUGCUAUAGAGGGUGGUGGAGGACAGGUGGGUGAAAAGGAUGAUGAUGAUGAUCUGCAGAUUCUCAGAGUGUAG